ACAUUUCAAUGUCCUCUGUUAUCUAAUGUACUUCCUGUCCCGUGUUGCCGCUGAGAGUCAUUUCAAUCGAAUGACAUCUACAAAGCUGGCAAGCGUUUUUGGAUCCAACAUCUUUCACGUUCCUUUCAGCCCCACCAUGUUUAAGGAACAGGGGCAGUGUAAUGCUUUGAUUAAGCACCUGCUGGACAAUCUGAUCCACCUGCUGCCAGACAUGUAUCUUCAUGCAUCCGCCAGCAACACAGCAAUUAAAGGUUACCAAAACUGGACGACUUGGGCGAAUGAGAAAACGAUUCAGAGGUUUUUGGAGGAAUUUGUGCUCAUGCACUCACAGCAGUGACAUAGAGCAUGAAAAAGCCUCUGGAGACCAGAUAUAGAAGAGUAAAGAAACAU